AUGAAACGAAACAGUAGUAGUAGUAGUAGUAAUCGUAGCGUCUCUUCCUACGGCUCGUCGACUGCCAAUGUGCGCGCUAGCUGUUACGCCGUAAACUCGGCCACCGCGAACGUUCAGGGCUUUCAUUAUGAGACUACGCGGGUUGCCGGGGGAAUACCAUCACCCCCGCCAAGUCCCCCCCUCGCCGCCAGACACCAGUCCGCCGUUAAAGGCAGACAGGCGCGCAGAGGGGGGGCAGCAUAUACCAUUACGGAAGAGUGUGAGAGACUCUUCUGCGAGACACUACGAGCUGUUUUCCUGGGUGAGGGGAGCCAGCAACGUCAGGACUCGCUUGUAUUGGGUAUGCAUAACAACAUUACCACCAGUUUGGGCAAUGACUAUGGUGUCGAUGUGCGACGAUACUCGGAUUCAGCCAGCUCGAUGGAUUCGUCUUUGUCGUCCCCAGAGCCGAUGCAGUCGCUCGAGUAUGCAGACAAGGGUACCAUCAGCGACUGGAUCGAGAUGUGGGAUUAUGUAGGCGGGAUCAGGUUCCGCGGCUUCGUGGCGGAGAAUGAUGACGAGAAGGCCAUGUUCGUCUUCUUUGAUCAGUCGGUUAUUGUGGGAGAUCUCAAGGCUGGCCUCAUGGCCCUCCUCGAACUUUGCGAAGUCGACCAUUUCUCCUGCGACCGCCUCAUUGUCUGCAUCGACCGCCACACAGACCAGCUCGCCAGAGAUACCUUGACGAAGGAUCUUGGCUGGAUCGGCUUCAGUCUUACGACACUAGAUGAAUUCAGUCAUGGAGAAGAGCUGAUUAGCGACAAAUGGUUGUUCAUGGAAAUGGAGACCUAAGCGUCAGUCGCUCCCGCAGAUGAUUACGGAUAUGGCUACAUUUGGAGGCUUGUCAGUCUGUUACUAUUGCGUUGUGGUUCUGCUAUCUUGUUCUUCCUUGGCCCACUUUUUAAUCCUGCUUCUUCCAUUCGGGUUACUGUAUGAGGUUCGUGCUUCCUAGCUCUGCCGUCUCUUCUUGAGCAACAGGAACGGCGUCAAUUUCCUACCUACCUAUACAUAGUGCAUGUACCCCUGUAGCAUUUGCGUUUUGGACAAAGGCGUUUGUUCUCGAGGCAGUCUCUUAAUUAUUGACGUUUUUUGCUUUCG